AUGAUGGUAUACAUGAUGAUUGGUCUCACAGCACUAUUGUUCUGGCUGUGGGAAUGGCUGUUCGAAGAUGUUCCAAGAAGCCGCUGCUUGGCUUCACAAUGUGCUGGGUUAUGUCAAAGGUUUUCAGAAGAAAGAAAAAAAAAAAAAACGACAAUUGGCAUAUUUGAGCAGAGAAUGGCCUUACAUCAAAGAUCUACAGAAAAUAUUGGCAGUUUUCAUAAGACUUUAGUCGAAGUCAAGCAAGGAUAUCAGGAAAAUGACAAGCUCAUCCUAUUUGGCCACCCUUGCACAGAUCAGAAGUAA